AUGUGGCCUAAAAAUCCUCUUGCAAGAUGGCAGUGUGGUGGGCCUUCGCGUGCUGCAGCAGUCGAUGGCGAUGAGUUUAGGCCUACUGCAGCGAAGGUCAAGGCGGUGGCAGAGAACUCUUCAGCGGGUGAGGGUGGGGAGGAUGAGGGGAAGGAGGAGGAGGAGGAGGAGGAGGAGGAGGAGGAGGAGGAGGAGGAGGAGGAGGAGGAGGAGGAGGAGGAUGCUGGUGCUGGUUCCUGGUGCUGGCGGCUGGCGCUGGCGGCUGGCGCUAGUGCUGGUUCCUGGUGCUGGCGUCAGGUGCUGGUACUGGCGCUUGGUGCUGGCGUGACGGCGCUGGAGCUGUUGCUGGUGCUUGGUCCUUGCUGGCGGGGGUCUGUGCUAGCGGGGGUCUCUGCUGGCGGGGUAUCUGCUUGCGGGGUCUCUGCUGGCGGGAUCUGCUGGCAGGGUCUGUGCUGGCGCGGCGGCGCUCGUGUCGAUGCCUGGUGCUGGCAUGACAGCGCUGGUGACUGGCAUCAGUGCUGGUGCUGGCAGCUGGCGGGUCCGUUGGCAGGGGUGAUGCGGGUCGCAACUUCUCCCGCCACUCCCAUCAACCCCGCCACUCCCGCCACUUCCUUCACAGCAGUUGCGAAGUCGACGGGAGGGCGGGCGGGGAAGAGGCAUGACUGGCGGAUGCUGGCGCUGCCGGCCGCCACUCCUUUCCCCCUCUCCUCUUCGCCCCCACUACGACCGUCGCUGUUUCCGUGCCACGGAGCCGCGACGAGGCAGCGUGGCGGGGGCGGGUCCAUUGGCGGGCUCGCUCGCGGGCUCGUUGGCGGGUUCGUCAGCGGGCGUGCUGGCGUGCGCGAUGGCGGGUCCGUCGGCGUGCUCGCUGGCGGGUCUGUCGGCGUGCUCACUAGCGGGUCCGUCAGCGGGCUUGCUGGCGCUCUCGUUGGCGGAACCAACGGCGUCUCCGUUGGCGGGUUUCUGGCGGGUCCGACGGUAUGCUUGCUGGCAGGUCCGAUCUUGGCGUUCCUGGUGCGUUCCUGGCGUGCGUUCGUGGUAACGCACGGGCGACGGGCUGAAAACCGGAAAGCGCUCACGAGGCGCACUAAGGGGCGUGCCAUUGCGAGCGCUAAUGGUGGGCCCAUUUGA